AUGUCUGCGACCACCACAAACACCCCCAAACCUGACUUAAGCAAGAAACGAAAUAUCAUCUUCAUUCAUCCAGACCUCGGCAUAGGCGGCGCCGAACGUCUUAUCAUUGAUGCUGCUGUCGGCCUACAAAACCUGGGACAUAGGGUGACGAUCUUAACAUCACAUUGUGAUCCGAAACAUUGCUUUGAGGAAGCGAGAGACGGCACACUCGAUGUCAGAAUUCGUGGUCAUACGAUCUUCCCUCCUGCCAUACUGAACAGAUUUCACAUUCUUCUCGCGACAUUCCGGCAGAUCCACCUCGUUCUUGCAACAUGUCUUUUCACGAACGAGCUUGCAGAACUGAAACCCGAGGUCUUCAUCAUCGAUCAAUUGAGCGCAUGUGUGCCUUUACUACGAUGGCUAUGGCCCCGGAAUGAGAGGGUGCUUUUCUACUGCCAUUUUCCAGACCAGUUACUGGCGAGAAGGGAUGAACAGGGCUGGUUGGGUAUUGUGAAGAGGGUGUAUAGGUGGCCCUUCGAUUGGUUCGAAGGUUGGAGUAUGGGUGGUAGCGAUCGGGUUGUUGUCAAUUCAAGAUUUACGAGAAGUGUGGUUGAGAAGGUGUUUGGACGGGACAGGUUGGGGGAACUAAGGGUAGUCUAUCCCUGUGUCAAUAUCGAAUCAGGGCAAAGGGAGGAGCAGGAUGAGAAGCCGCUAUGGAAAAAUAAGAAAAUAUUGCUAAGUAUCAAUCGAUUCGAGAGGAAAAAGGAUGUCGGGCUGGCUAUAAAGGCGUUUGCAGGGCUCACUCUGGAGCAGCGACCCAAUGUCCGGCUUGUAAUUGCUGGAGGGUACGACUCCCGAAUAUCUGAGAACGUCCUGUAUCACAAAGAGCUCGAGGCGUUGGCAGACUACCUCGGACUUUCUCAUGCCACAGCGAAGAAUGUGCCCACUGCCUUGGCCGUCCCAUUCAGUAUCGACGUCCUCUUCCUACUCUCCGUCCCUGGGGUUUUCAAAUCUACCCUUCUUCGCAAUGCAAAGCUACUCAUCUACACGCCUCAAAACGAACACUUCGGUAUUGUUCCUGUCGAAGCAAUGCAAUAUGGUGUGCCUGUCCUAGCGUCUAAUACCGGGGGACCCUUGGAGACUGUUCUUGAUGGCAAGACUGGCUGGCUGAGGGAUGCAAAGGACGUUGGUGCUUGGACCGACGUGAUGAGUCAGGUGGUCAAUGAUGCAGAUGGAGUAGAGAUACAAAUGAUGGGUCAAGCAGGCAAAAAAAGAGUACAAGGCGAAUUCUCACGAACGAAAAUGUCGCACAUGCUCGAGGACCAGAUCGAGGAAAUGAUCCGGGGCCGGAGGAAAGCAUUUGUCGAACGGAAGGAUGUGAUAUUUGUAUUGAGUGUGAUUGGCAUCUUUGUGGCUGCGCUCUUCCUUACACUUAUGAGCAUCCCAGAUCUGUCGAGGCCUCCUAGAAAACAUAUACAGCUCAACAAUUAG